CGCGGCCAGGGACGCAUGCUAUUGGCUGGGCGAGCUGCCAAUCACGCUCCACCCCAUACCCUGGUUUUGAUUGGCCACCCCGUGUCCCGCCGCCAAUUGAUUGGCGCUCCUGUCAUUUUAAGGGCGCUCCGCCUCUCCCCCUGCCCGCGCUCCAUUGGCUUCGCUCUCCGUCAAUCAACUUCAUUCUCCAAUCGCUGCGCGGCGCGGGUGGGAGGAGAGCGGACUGCAAGCUACUGGUCGGGGCCGACGUCACUCACCUCUCGCCCCGCCGUUUCCGUGAUUUCCGCUUCCUCGACCAAUCGCGGCGUCUCGCGGGGCUGUCCAGGCGCAGCGCGUAGCACGAUUGGCUGCACACCCCGCAGUCCCGCCCACGCACGGCAACGAAGCGGCGCCCUUCCAUUGGUCGGUCCGGCUGCCACUCACACAACACGCCGCAAUCGCGGCGCGCCGGCGCCUUUCCUUUUCCUAUUGGCCGCUGCGCGCUGCCCGCAGCCGCUGAAUGGCCGAGAGUUCCGUCACUCAGGGCGCUCCGGCGCGGCCAUUGGCUAUCCGCCGCCGGUGGGGGCGGGCCUCCCCGCCGCGCUCCCAGCGUGCCCCGCGCGGCCCGAGGCGAGCGCGGCCCGUGCCCGUCGCCGCCUCCGCCAUGUCCGAGUUCGGCCCCGCGCCGCCCCCGCCCCCCCAGCCCGGGGCCGCCCCCGCCGCCCCCCCCUCGGCCGGGCCCGGGGGGGGGGCCCGGGGGGCGGCGGCGGUGGCGGCGGCGGCGGCGGGACGGGGCGCAAGGACGCGUUCGCCGACGCGGUGCAGCGCGCGCGGCAGAUUGCAGCCAAGAUCGGGGGGGACGCGGCCCCACCGGUGCCCAACAACAACGCCCCUCCCCCCGACUUCGGGAGCUUCGGGGGGCAGAAACGGCAGCUGGAGGACGGCGACCAGCCUGAGAGCAAGAAACUGGCGGCACAGGGGGAAGCGCUGCCGGCACCGAUGGGGCCCAUCCACCCCCCACCCAGGACAACGGUGACGGAGGAGUACCGGGUCCCUGACGGGAUGGUCGGGCCUCAGUGAGUCUGGGGGUCUGUCAUCGGCCGUGGGGGUGAGCAGAUCAAUAAGAUCCAGCAGGACUCGGGGUGCAAAGUGCAGAUCUCCCCAGACAGUGGCGGAUUACCGGAGCGCAGCGUGUCCCUGACCGGGUCCCCGGAGUCUGUGCAGAAGGCAAAGGCGCUGCUGGACGACAUCGUCUCACGGGGCAGGGGGGGUCCCCCGGGACCCUUCCCUGACGCCACCAAUGGCAGAACGGGGACGGUCCAGGAGCUGAUGAUCCCAGCAGGAAAAGCAGGACUGGUCAUCGGGAAGGGUGGGGAGACCAUCAAACAGCUCCAGGAACGGGCGGGGGUGAAGAUGAUCCUGAUCCAAGACGGUUCCCAAAACACCAACGUGGACAAACCCCUGCGGAUCAUCGGGGAGCCCUACAAGGUGCAGCAAGCCUGUGAGAUGGUGCUGGACAUCCUUCGGGAGCGCGACCAGGGCGGCUUCGGCGACCGCUCGGACUACGGCGCCCGCCUGGGCGGGGGCAUCGACGUGCCAGUGCCACGACACUCGGUCGGGGUCGUCAUCGGCCGCAGCGGGGAGAUGAUCAAGAAGAUCCAGAACGAUGCCGGGGUGCGGAUCCAGUUCAAGCAAGACGAUGGGACGGGACCGGAGAAAAUCGCGCACAUCAUGGGACCCCCCGAGCGCUGCGAGCACGCGGCCAGGAUCAUCAACGACCUGCUGCAGAGCCUGCGGAGCGGCCCCCCCGGGACCCCCGGGCCGGGGCUGCCGCCGGGGGGUCGUGGCCGGGGCCGGGGCCAGGGCAGCUGGGGCCCCCCCGGGGGGGAGAUGACCUUCUCCAUCCCCACCCACAAGUGCGGGCUCGUCAUCGGCAGAGGGGGGGAGAACGUCAAGGCCAUCAACCAGCAGACGGGGGCGUUCGUGGAGAUCUCGCGGCAGCUCCCCCCCAACGGGGACCCCAACUUCAAACUGUUCGUGAUCCGUGGCACCCCCCAGCAGAUCGACCACGCCAAGCAGCUCAUCGAGGAGAAAAUUGAGGGUCCUCUGUGCCCCGUUGGCCCCGGUCCCGGCCCAGGGGGUCCCCCCGGACCUGCCGGCCCCAUGGGCCCCUUCAACCCUGGCCCCUUCAACCAGGGUCCCCCCGGAGCCCCCCCGCACCCGGGGGGGCCUCCCCCCCACCAGUACCCCCCCCAAGGCUGGGGCAACACGUACCCCCAGUGGCAGCCGCCAGCCCCCCACGACCCCAGCAAGGCGCCCGCCCCGGACCCCAACGCGGCCUGGGCCGCCUACUACUCGCACUACUACCAGCAGCCCCCCGGGCCGGUGCCGCCGCAGCCACCCGCCCGCCGCGCCCCCCCGUGCAGGGGGAGCCCCCCCAGCCCCCCCCCCGCCGGCCAGGCCGACUACACCAAGGCCUGGGAGGAGUACUACAAGAAACUAGGCCAGCAGCCGCAGCAGCCGGGGGCCCCCCCGCAGCAGGAUUACACCAAGGCCUGGGAGGAGUACUACAAGAAACAAGCGGCCCAGGUGGCCUCGGGGGGCGGUCCCGGGGCCCCCCCCGGCCCCCAGCCCGACUACAGCGCGGCCUGGGCCGAGUACUACCGGCAGCAAGCGGCGUACUACGGGCAGACCCCCGGGGGGGCCGGGCCCGCGCCCCCCCCCCGCGCAGCAGGGACAGCAGGCUCAGUGACCCCAGCGUGCCCCCCCGUCUGUGACCCCCUUUUGUUUUGGGCGAGCGGCUGCGGCCGGACGGGGCGAGCGGCGCCCCCUCGGACCCCCAGAGCCCCUGCAGAGGGGUCUCCCCCCUCCCCCGCCUCCCUCCUCCCCCCGAGCCCCCCCUGGAGCCGCUCGAACAUUCCUGGGAGCCGCUGGGGACCCCCCACACAGCCCCGGGGACCCCAAAAUCCCCCUGGGACCCCCCAACCCACCCCCAACCCCUCCAAUCCCCUUGUGGGGACCCCCAGAUGCACCCCUGGGAGCCCAAGACUCACCCAAGGGUCCCAAACCCCCCCUUGGGGACCCCUCAAGACCCCCCCAAGGCCCCCUGCAACCCCCCCAGACCCCCCUGAGCGGAUCUGGGGGUGCGCCCCCCUCUCGCUGCCGUGA